AUGGCGUCUACUUCCCGAACCACUGCAGCAGCAGCAGGCGCAGCCGCAGUCCUUGGCGGUGUCUCCUUCGUGUCAGCCCCUGCUUCAGGGAAUCUCCGGGCGACGGCCUCAAAUGCACCUGCUGCACCAAGAGUAGAGGCACCAGCCAGCAGCAAGACAGCAUCUCUUGCCGUGGCCGGUGUUGCAAUGGCUGCAUUGGCAGCUGGUGGACGCAAGGCUUUGGUCAACGUCAAGCCGCACUUGGUCACGAUGACUGCGUUUGAGAACGAACUUGGCGUGCAAGCCCCUGUGGGUUUUUGGGACCCAGCAGGCUUCACAGCAGAUGGAAGUGUGGAGAACUUCAAGCGACGUCGUCAGACCGAGUUGAAGCACGGUCGCAUAUCCAUGCUUGCAACAAUGGGAUAUAUCACUCCGGAGAUCACGGGCAAAUUCCCUGGUUAUCUCUCGCCUUCAGCCGGCUUGAAAUUCGCUGACGUGCCAAAUGGCUUGGCAGCAAUUUCCAAAGUGCCUGCCGCAGGAUGGGGACAGAUCUUAGCAUACAUGGCUUUCUGCGAGGUUUCUCAGGAUCAGUCUCCUGGAACCCCAGCUGCAGCAGGAGACUUUGGAUUCAAGGUGUUGACAGCAUCUGAUCCUGCGGAGAAGACCAAGAAAUUAAGUGCAGAGUUGGCGAAUGGCCGCCUUGCGAUGAUGGCUAUCAUCGGCAUGUUCUUUCAGGAUGGGCUGACUGGAAGCGCUUGGGGUGACUGGGCCAACUACACCGCCUCUCCCCUGCGAGCCUUCGAGAAUGAACUUGGCGUGCAAGCUCCGGUGGGAUUUUGGGACCCUGCAGGCUUCACAGCAGAUGGAAGCGUGGAGAACUUCAAGCGACGUCGUCAGACCGAGUUGAAGCACGGUCGCAUAUCCAUGCUUGCAACAAUGGGAUAUAUCACUCCGGAGAUCACGGGCAAAUUCCCUGGUUAUCUCUCGCCUUCAGCCGGCUUGAAAUUCGCUGACGUGCCAAAUGGUUUGGCAGCAAUUUCCAAAGUGCCUGCCGCAGGAUGGGGACAGAUCUUGGCAUACAUGGCUUUCUGCGAGGUUUCUCAGGAUCAGUCUCCUGGAACCCCAGCUGCAGCAGGAGACUUUGGAUUCAAGGUGUUGACCGCAUCUGAUCCUGCGGAGAAGACCAAGAAAUUAAGUGCAGAGUUGGCAAAUGGCCGCCUUGCGAUGAUGGCUAUCAUCGGCAUGUUCUUUCAGGAUGGGCUGACUGGAAGCGCUUGGGGUGACUGGGCCAACUACACCGCCUCUCCCCUGCGAGCCUUCGAGAAUGAACUUGGCGUGCAAGCUCCGGUGGGAUUUUGGGACCCUGCAGGCUUCACAGCAGAUGGAAGCGUGGAGAACUUCAAGCGACGUCGUCAGACCGAGUUGAAGCACGGUCGCAUAUCCAUGCUUGCAACAAUGGGAUAUAUCACUCCGGAGAUCACGGGCAAAUUCCCUGGUUAUCUCUCGCCCUCAGCCGGCUUGAAAUUCGCUGACGUGCCAAAUGGUUUGGCAGCAAUUUCCAAAGUGCCUGCCGCAGGAUGGGGACAGAUCUUGGCAUACAUGGCUUUCUGCGAGGUUUCUCAGGAUCAGUCUCCUGGAACCCCAGCUGCAGCAGGAGACUUUGGAUUCAAGGUGUUGACAGCAUCUGAUCCUGCGGAGAAGACCAAGAAAUUAAGCGCAGAGUUGGCGAAUGGCCGCCUUGCGAUGAUGGCUAUCAUCGGCAUGUUCUUUCAGGAUGGGCUGACUGGAAGCGCUUGGGGUGACUGGGCCAACUACACCGCCUCUCCCCUGCGAGCCUUCGAGAAUGAACUUGGCGUGCAAGCUCCGGUGGGAUUUUGGGACCCUGCAGGCUUCACAGCAGAUGGAAGCGUGGAGAACUUCAAGCGACGUCGUCAGACCGAGUUGAAGCACGGUCGCAUAUCCAUGCUUGCAACAAUGGGAUAUAUCACUCCGGAGAUCACGGGCAAAUUCCCUGGUUAUCUCUCGCCUUCAGCCGGCUUGAAAUUCGCUGACGUGCCAAAUGGUUUGGCAGCAAUUUCCAAAGUGCCCGCUGCAGGAUGGGGACAGAUCUUGGCAUACAUGGCUUUCUGCGAGGUUUCUCAGGAUCAGUCUCCUGGAACCCCAGCUGCAGCAGGAGACUUUGGAUUCAAGGUGUUGACAGCAUCUGAUCCUGCGGAGAAGACCAAGAAAUUAAGUGCAGAGUUGGCGAAUGGCCGCCUUGCGAUGAUGGCUAUCAUCGGCAUGUUCUUUCAGGAUGGGCUGACUGGAAGCGCUUGGGGUGACUGGGCCAACUACACCGCCUCUCCCCUGCGAGCCUUCGAGAAUGAACUUGGCGUGCAAGCUCCGGUGGGAUUUUGGGACCCUGCAGGCUUCACAGCGGAUGGAAGCGUGGAGAACUUCAAGCGACGUCGUCAGACCGAGUUGAAGCACGGUCGCAUAUCCAUGCUUGCAACAAUGGGAUAUAUCACUCCGGAGAUCACGGGCAAAUUCCCUGGUUAUCUCUCGCCUUCAGCCGGCUUGAAAUUCGCUGACGUGCCAAAUGGUUUGGCAGCAAUUUCCAAAGUGCCCGCUGCAGGAUGGGGACAGAUCUUGGCAUACAUGGCUUUCUGCGAGGUUUCUCAGGAUCAGUCUCCUGGAACCCCAGCUGCAGCAGGAGACUUUGGAUUCAAGGUGUUGACAGCAUCUGAUCCUGCGGAGAAGACCAAGAAAUUAAGUGCAGAGUUGGCGAAUGGCCGCCUUGCGAUGAUGGCUAUCAUUGGCAUGUUCUUUCAGGAUGGGCUGACUGGAAGUGCUUGGGGUGACUGGGCCAACUACACCGCCUCUCCCCUGCGAGCCUUCGAGAAUGAACUUGGCGUGCAAGCUCCGGUGGGAUUUUGGGACCCUGCAGGCUUCACAGCGGAUGGAAGCGUGGAGAACUUCAAGCGACGUCGUCAGACCGAGUUGAAGCACGGUCGCAUAUCCAUGCUUGCAACAAUGGGAUAUAUCACUCCGGAGAUCACGGGCAAAUUCCCUGGUUAUCUCUCGCCUUCAGCCGGCUUGAAAUUCGCCGACGUGCCAAAUGGUUUGGCAGCAAUUUCCAAAGUGCCCGCUGCAGGAUGGGGACAGAUCUUGGCAUACAUGGCUUUCUGCGAGGUUUCUCAGGAUCAGUCUCCUGGAACCCCAGCUGCAGCAGGAGACUUUGGAUUCAAGGUGUUGACAGCAUCUGAUCCUGCGGAGAAGACCAAGAAAUUAAGUGCAGAGUUGGCGAAUGGCCGCCUUGCGAUGAUGGCUAUCAUUGGCAUGUUCUUUCAGGAUGGUCUGACUGGAAGUGCUUGGGGAGAUUGGGCCAACUACACAGCCUCCCCUCUGCGCUAA